UUAGGGUGUUUCAAAGAUGACCGUAUUGUGUUCUGGACUUGGAUGUUUUCAACAUAUUUUAUGGAGAAAUGGGCCCCCCGGCAAGAUGACAUGCUCUUCUAUGUCCGUCGAAAACUGUCCUAUGUCACUGGGGAUAGUACAGAGGGGAAAAAGCAGGUUGAAGUUGAAGUUUACCGGAGAGAUUCUAAGAAGCUUCCUGGCCUGGGAGACCCUGACAUUGACUGGGAAGAGAGUGUCUACUUGAACCUUAUCCUGCAGAAGCUGGAUUACGUGGUGACAUGUGCUGUGUGCACACGUUCUGAUGGAGGAGAUAUUCAUAUUCACAAGAAGAAAUCUCAGCAAGUGUUUGCAUCUCCUAGCAAACACCCAAUGGACAGUAAAGGAGAGGAGUCAAAGAUCAGCUACCCCAACAUAUUCUUCAUGAUUGACAGCUUUGAAGAGGUUUUCAGUGACAUGACUGUGGGAGAAGGAGAAAUGGUCUGCGUGGAGCUGGUGGCCAGUGACAAAAGCAACACCUUUCAAGGGGUGAUUUUUCAGGGGUCCAUCCGCUAUGAAGCACUCAAGAAGGUCUAUGACAACAGGGUGAGUGUUGCAGCUAAGAUGGCUCAAAGAAUGUCUUUUGGCUUUUAUAAAUAUAACAACAUGGAGUUUGUCCGAAUGAAAGGGCCACAAGGGAAAGGACAUGCAGAGAUGGCAGUGAGUAGAGUUUCUACUGGUGACACUUCACCGUAUGGGACAGAAGAAGAUUCAAAUCCAGAGUCCCCAGUGCAUGAGAGAGUCACAUCUUUCAGCACACCACCAACCCCAGAACGCAACAAUCGCCCAUCCUUUUUCUCCCCAUCCCUCAAGAGAAAAGUGCCACGAAAUCGAAUUGCUGAGAUGAAAAAAUCCCACUCGGCAAAUGACAGUGAGGAGUUCUUCAGAGAUGAUGAUGGCGGAGAUCUGCACAAUGCGACAAAUCUGAGGUCGCGGUCCUUAUCUGGAACAGGACGCUCUCUGGUGGGGUCAUGGCUGAAGCUGAACAGAACAGAUGAAAACUUUCUACUCUAUGCACACUUAACUUACGUCACUUUGCCAUUGCAUCGGAUUUUAACAG